GCGGGAGGAGGUUUUGGGCGGCGGUCCACCGUCUGGUGUCCGUGUGGCCGGCCUUGGUCCACCGCGUAUGGGCGUCGAAUUUGAAAAGGGACUCCCGCCACCGCGGGAAAAGAAAACGCGCGCGCGCGCGUGUGAUUUCAAAAUUCGAAUUUUGAACCGAACAGCAUGGCGUCUGGUGUAGCGGCGUGGGGAGGUGCGCAGGGGUGUUGCAGUGGCCGUCAUGCGGAUGACGUUGUAGCCGUAUGGGCGUCAUCACAAACUUCCACACGUAUUAUAAGAUGUGACGCCCCCUGCGCCGUGUUCCACCUUGCAUGCUCGUGUUUGCACAUUCUGCCGCCACCGCCAUCUCCACGAACUUCCACUCCCUGGCCAAGGACCACUGGUGGCGGCGUUGUGUCGUGGUUCGGGCGAGUUCUGUCGGCAUGGAUGACAAUGAUGUCUUCUGUAGUAAAUGUGCGUUCGGUCGGUGAUGGGGAUGAGGGAAUGGUUAGGUUGUCUGUUUUGGAGAGGGCUGCAGUGAGGUCUGUCGUCGCCGCCGUCAUCAUGCGUUGCGAGAUGGAGGUCGAAGGUGAACGGCUGACGGCACGGCUACGAGCGCGAAGAAGGAAGGUGAUGCAAGUGCCGGCGUGUGAAGGAUUCGAUAGCGUCGCCGUUUGUGACGCCGUGUUUGAGGUGUGCUGUCUUGGGUGUGGGGGGCUGCCGAGGGCGACUCCGAGGUGGUGGAUGAAACGGAGGACGGGGGGAACCUGGGAGGAUCUUCGUCCUGCAGACGAUGCCACUGAAGAGUACUUCUGCGAUAAAUUAUGGAUAACUCCACGUGUCUUCCGCGAGAUCGUUGAAAACUUGUCGCCGAUUCUCCAGCGACGUGUGACGUUCUACAGAGAGCCUUUGCAGCCAAACCACAUCGUCGCUUACGCGCUGUACAGAUGGGCGUUUGGCGAGACGUACGAGAGCAGCAGCUGCAGCUUUGGAAUUGGCAGGGCUUCGGGUUAGGUGGUUAUCUGGGACGUCACUGCUGCUCUGCUGUCGGUGUACAGGGAGAAGGUGGCGUGGCCGACAGGGGUGCGGAAGGCGGUUGUCAACGUGCUUUUGCAG